AUGAGGAAGAGUAAUAGAGUGAAGCUAUGAAAGUGACCUGUCGGCUUGUUUUGAAUGAGUUACACUUCAUAUUUUUUGAUUAUUAUUAUUUUGAGAUCUGCAAAUGGUUUAAAUCUGAAUGGAAUGGCGUUUCUCUUCAGUUUAAUUGAGUAUUGCAUCAAAACUGCAAAAAGUAGUUUAUCUGUUUAGUGCAUGGAUUAAACGUUAUGGGGAGCUUCGACACUACAUCAAGACCCUCGAUCAAGACUACAAGAUAAAGAAUAAUUUCUGAAGUCCUAGGUGGAAACAUGGAAAAAGUCAAGAUCGAUCACCAUCAAAGAAACUCCAGUGAUGACAGCACUGCUUCACAGCGCAGUAUUAAUCCUCCUCCUUAUUUAGACAGUGAGAAUCUAAAAUAUGCUGUGAAUCAAGAUGUGGUGAAGCGAUCAGGUCAUGAUGCCAGACUUAUUAAUCUAGGUCCUCCAGCAGUUUACAAGCUGAACACUGAAAGAAAAUACAUUGAUGGGACUGAUAAAAAGGUCAGACAGUGGACAUAUGGACGAAGAGACAGAAACAAGCAGAAUAAAGUCAUACUGAUGGUGGGAGAAACCGGCACCGGGAAAACAACAAUCAUCAACACCAUGGUCAACCACUUACUGGGGGUGAAGUUUGAGGAUCAAGAGUUUUAUCAAAUCACAGAGGAAGAAGAACAACAGGCAGAUCAAACCCAAUCCCAGACCUCUGAGAUCACAGUUUAUGAGGUGUUUGUUGAAGAAAACCCAAUAUCUCUGACCAUCAUCGACACUCCAGGUUAUGGAGAUACUCGAGGACACGAGAAAGAUGCAGAGAUUGCAGAAUAUCUGAGCAGAUUAUUUUCAGAUGAGGAUGGGGUUCAUGAUAUUGAUGCAGUGUGUUUUGUGAUGAAGGCGUCUCAGAAUCGACUCUCUGGAAAAGAGCUUUACAUCUUUCACGCAGUUCUGUCUCUGUUUGGUAAAGAUAUCGAGAACAACAUAGUGUUUCUGCUCAGUUAUUCAGAUGGAGGACCACCAGCAGAUGCUCUCAAUGCCAUUGAUAAAGCAGAGAUACCGUGCAGAAGAGACAGCAGAGGAAAACCUGUUCACUUCUUAUUCAACAACCGACAGAAAGAGAAAAGGGAAGAGGAGUAUGAGCAUAUGAUCAGAUCAGCCUGGGAAAUGGGGGAGAGAAGCAUCAACAAGUUCUUCACAAUCAUGGAAGAGAAGAACAGAAAAAGUGUUCAGAUGACGUUAGAUGUGAUGAAGGAGCGAACAAGACUUGAUGCUUGUGUCUGUAAUCUGAAGGAUCGAAUCAUUGAGAAGGAGCAAAAAAAUGAUGAACUGACUCAGAUUCAGAAAGCUCUUAAAGAGAACAGAGACAAGAUUGUAAAAAAUGAAAACUUUCAGUUUAAAGUCAAUAAAGUUGUCAAAGAAAAAGUCCCCAUUGUGAAUGAAUGGUGGUGGAACAGCAACGCAACCUGCUGCUCCGUCUGUAAGGAAAACUGCCAUGAAUGGAACUGCUCUUGGGUCUCUUCUAAUAAUCUCUCAUGGUGUCAUGUUAUGAGUAACAACCACUGCACUGUGUGUUCAGGAAAGUGUCAUUACACCAAACACGUCAAAGAGAACAAAAAGUAUGUGACUAAGACAGAGGAGGUCAUUAUGACAUUUAAUGAGCUUCAACAGCAAUAUGAAGACCGAGAACAACAGCCUGAAAUCAGCUUUGACAAGAAAAAAUAUGAAAAUACUAAAAAGAAACACGAAGAAAUCAUGAAAGGAACAGAGAUAGAAGAUGAAUUGAUCAAGGAUCUGAAGAAAAAUAAAUCUGAAAAGUCUAAACUGCUGCAGGAAGCUUAUAUGAGCAUCAUGAGACUUUCUUACAUUGCUCUAAAAGCAGACAGCGCUUUCACUCUUCAGCAUCUGGAUUUCCUGAUUCCCAGACUGAAGGAGGAAGAGGGAAAAGAGGAAUGGGUGAAGAAGCUGGAGGAGCUGAAGAAAGCUGAAGAAAAGCAGAACAACAAAGGAGCUUUACGUCAUUUGGUGGAUUACAGCAAGCAAACAUGGAACCAGUUUUUCAGUCGUUUUACUGGUAAAAAUGAAUAAAUGAGCAACAAAUAUGAAAGUACAAGAUGAAAAAGCAGAGCAGAUGCUGAUCUAUAAGAGAAAUAUCAAAUAAUAAAUUCAUAAUAACUAUUUCAAGAGUAAAAUAGAACAAUAAUACUUGUUUAAUAACAGCAUUCUGUAAAAACCGACAAGUGAUUUUAACAAAGUACUUAAUUUUGCAUAUUGCUAUAUUUUAUUUUAUUGUAUAAGUUUAAUAAGAAACUUCUAA